AUGCGGAAGCCCAGCGUUGGGAAUGGAGGGAAACAAAGAGUACUGCGAGGUCAGCAAAGACGACGGAAGACAUGCGAGGUCAGCAAAGACAACGGAAGACACCAUAACAACCGGAAGAACGUGUGCAAGGCCUAUCACGGGAACUGGCAGCCGGAUUCCCCAAGCGAGUGCGGACCCUUAGUAGUGCGGUUCCCACUGACCCGCGAGGGCUUGGGCCACGAAACAGGGGAAGCGAAAGCGAUAUUUUGUGUGCGAGUGAAGACGUCUCAGUAUUUCCCAGGGAAACAAAGAGUACUGCGAGGUCAGCAAAGACGACGGAAGACAUGCGAGGUCAGCAAAGACAACGGAAGACACCAUAACAACCGGAAGAACGUGUGCAAGGCCUAUCACAAUGCCGAGAGCGUGGUGCCGUCCGCACGGGCGGAGAAGCCUCCCCUGGAGCAGCUGUACCGGGAGGGCCCGCUGCUGGGGAGCGGCGGCUUCGGCAGCGUUUACGCCGGGACCCGGCUCGCCGACGGCGUCCCGGUGGCCAUCAAGCGAGUGUCCCGGGACCGCGUCUUGGAGUGGGCGCGGCUGCACGACGGCGCCCUUGUGCCCCUGGAGCUGGUGCUGCUCUGGAUGGCGUCGUGGCCCGGCUUCCGCGGCAUCGUGCGGCUCCUGGACUGGUUCGAGCUGCCCGACGGCUUCGCGCUGGUCAUGGAGCGUCCGGAGCGCUGUCAGGACCUCUGGCACCUGCUGCACGCGGGAGGGUUCCUGCCAGAGCCCGUGGCGCGGGCGCUGUUCCGGCAGGUGCUGGGGGCCGUGCGGCACUGCACCAGCCGCGGCGUCCUGCACCGCGACAUCAAGGCCGAGAACGUGCUCGUUGACCUGGCCACCGGCGAGGCGAAGCUCAUCGACUUCGGCUGCGGCACGAUCCUGCAGGACACCUUCUACACCCAGAUGGCCGGAACGCGGGAGUACUACCCACCGGAGUGGAUCCUCUUUGGCCGCUACCAUGGCCAGCCAGCCACCAUCUGGUCCCUGGGCAUCCUGCUCUAUCAGCUGGUGUGCAGGCACCUUCCUUUCAAAAGCAGAGAGGACAUCGUCCGGGGACAGCUCUUCUUCCCGCCCCGGGUGUCUCAAGAGUGCCAGCACCUGAUCAGGUGGUGCUUAUCCAUGGACCCUGCAGACAGGCCAUCCUUGGAUGACCUUUUAGAACAUUCU